GUCAGUACGUAAUGGCCGACUCAGUUUUCUUUCCGUGACGUCUAAGGACUUUGGGGAGGGAAGGCUCAGUUUCUGUUAUUAUUAUUGUCGAAUAACUAAACUUCCGCAGCUUAAAGAACCUUCUACUUUUCCCCGCCAUCUGGGCGUAUUCAAAACCACGGGAAGUUUUUUUUGGACUGUUCAAGUGUAAUUAGGUUUCGUCGUUAUAGGUUCGUCUCACUGAUUCGUACUCUCACCGCUCCCCAAUGUUUACUGGGACGUUGAAAGUGAAACUGGUCGAAGCAGUGGACUUGAGGCCGACGGAUUUCCAACGCCGUCAUAAUGUUGGGUUGGCCGGGAAACUGGUGGAAAACACCAUGGAUCCUUAUGUCUUUAUUGACAUUGAUGAGGUUCAUGUACAUCGGACCACCACUAAACAGAAGACCUUUUGCCCUACGUGGAAUGAGACCUUCCAGUCAGAGGUUCAAUCAGGCACCAACUUAGGCCUCACUGUUUUUCAUGAUGCAGCCAUACCACCAGAUGAUUUUGUCGCAAAUUGCAGCAUCUCAUUUGAUGAGUUGAUUAACAUCACCAAAGAUGCAAAUUCUGACAUUUGGGUGAAUUUGGAACCACAAGGAAAGAUCCACUUGGUUGUUGACCUCGAACAAGAUGCGUGUGGAAGCACUAGCAACGAGAAGCCGCGCGAAUUUAAGGAACGGCAGGGUUUAAACCGACGGCGUGGAGCCAUGCGUCGCCGAGUUCACCAAGUUAACGGCCAUAAAUUCAUGGCCACUUUUUUACGACAGCCAACUUUUUGUUCUCACUGCAGAGACUUCAUCUGGGGGCUUGGCAAGCAAGGAUACCAGUGCCAAGUUUGUACUUGUGUUGUGCACAAACGCUGCCACGAGCUUGUAGUCACUCGCUGCCCAGGAAUCAAAGACACCACCCAAGAAGAGCCGGCCAUCGGUCAACGAUUCAGUUUGAAUGUGCCACACCGUUUUGUUGUACAUAACUAUAAGCGAUUCACUUUCUGCGAUCACUGCGGUUCUUUACUCUACGGUCUUAUAAAACAGGGCCUCCAAUGUCAAGCAUGCAACAUGAACGUCCACAAACGAUGUCAAAAGAAUGUAGCAAACAACUGCGGUAUCAACACCAAAGAAAUGGCUGAGAUUCUCAACGCCAUUGGCGUCAACACAAAGAUCAAUCAACGGAAGAAAAAGGCUUCCAUCAUUGAAUCGACUGGGAGUGGUGGGAGCUGUUCUUCAAUGAUGUCUGCUGCCUCGCUACCAAUUAUGGAAUCGGACGAGAUGGGUUCAUCUGGUUUGGGCAGUUCUGCCAUAAGCGGUUCGAGCUCCGAGUGCAGCGACACUGACCGCUCUUCCGCCCGUCCCGAUCAGGAGGAAGAGAUGAAGUUGCGGAUUCUUGCCCAGCACGCCAUGAAUGAGAAAUUGAACGAGAAGAUGAAGGAGCAUAAGGACACGAAGCACGCUGCCGCUGCAAAACAGUCGGCAUUAGAUACGUUGAUUGAUCGCGGAAGCCGGGACGGCAAGAAAAUUGGAUUGGAUGAAUUUCAUUUCAUCAAGGUUCUCGGGAAAGGAAGUUUUGGCAAAGUAAUGCUGGCCGAGUUAAAGGGUACCGACGAAGUCUACGCCGUUAAGGUGCUCAAGAAGGACGUGAUUCUGCAAGACGACGAUGUCGAAUGCACAAUGACAGAGAAGCGCAUUCUUGCUCUGUCGGCUAAACACCCUUUUCUCACUGCCCUGCACUCUUGCUAUCAAACCAAGGACCGUUUGUUUUUUGUCAUGGAGUACGUCAACGGGGGUGAUUUGAUGUUCCAAAUCCAAAGAGUUCGCAAAUUCGACGAGCCUCGGGCUCGAUUUUACGCGGCCGAGGUGACGCUAGCCUUGCAGUUUCUUCACCGUCAUGGUGUCAUCUAUCGUGAUCUGAAAUUGGACAACAUUUUGCUGGACAGCGAAGGUCAUUGUAAAAUAGCUGAUUUUGGCAUGUGCAAAGAGGGCAUUGUCGACAAUGUUACCACUAACACGUUCUGCGGCACACCCGACUAUAUUGCUCCCGAGAUCCUUCAGGAGCUGCCGUACGGAGCAACGGUCGAUUGGUGGGCCCUGGGAGUGCUCAUGUACGAAAUGAUGGCCGGGCAACCUCCAUUCGAAGCCGACAACGAGGAUGACCUCUUUGAAUCGAUUUUGCACGAUGACGUUCUUUACCCAGUCUGGCUGUCCAAAGAGGCCGUCUCCAUUCUAAAAGGGUUUAUGACGAAAAACCCGUCGAGACGACUAGGUUGUGUGGGAAGCCAAGGCGCCGAAGCGGCCAUCAGAAUCCAUCCGUUCUUCAAAGAUAUCGAUUGGGAGUCUUUGGAGGCUAGGAAAGUUAAGCCGCCAUUCCGACCCAAAAUCAAAAGCCGAAGAGACGCCCUGAAUUUCGACAGUGAAUUCACCAAGGAAGAUCCCAUCUUGACACCCAUUAACCACGAAGUUGUCCGAGCCAUCAAUCAGGAUGAAUUCCGCGGAUUCUCUUUCGUCAAUCCCGAUUACAUCCCACACCGUCUGUUGUCGGCCUAAGGAACAAAAAAACAAAAUUCGGGACAAAAACAAAACUAAAACAAAAAGGGAAACGGUCGAAACAAAAAUCGCACAAGAAAAUGUCACCCACCAUGAUCCCACCUUUUCUUUUUUGGUUAACUUUAGUUAUCCCUUCUUCCCGCCCUCCUUGUAAUUGAGCUGAUGUUUUCAGCUCGCGGCCUAACACCUCUAUAGCAUUUAUUUCACAGAGGAAAGCGAUAAGAAAAAGAAAAAAAAAAUACCUUGGAUAUUUUGGUUGAGUUUGCCAUCCAAAGAGGGUCAUUUAUUAAAAACAAAACACAAAAAAAA